AUGGCUGCUCCACCAAUUUACAAUCCUGUAAUCCCAUGCGUUCACCCCAUCCCAGGUGGCAUGUACCCUGGCCGCAUGAUUAGGUUUCAAGGCAACGUGCCUCCCGGUGCGCAGAGAUUUGCGAUUAAUCUCCAGUGCGGUCCGAACACGGACCCCCGCGACGAUAUAGCUUUGCAUCUAAACUUCCGUUUCGUCGAGAUGUGCGUGGUGCGGAACCAUCUGACCGCCAUGAACUGGGGCGUGGAGGAAACCGCUGGUGGUAUGCCACUGGUGAGGGGUGAGGCCUUCGAAGCCUUGGUGCUGUGCGAGCCCCAGUCCUUGAAAGUUGCAUUGAAUGGUGUACACUUUUGCGAGUUUCCGCACCGUAUUCCGUACCAGCGCAUAUCGCACCUGACGAUAGAUGGUGACGUCAUGAUGCAAUUUGUGGGCUUUGAGGGAGCCCAAGCUCCACCUUCUCAGGUCUACAUGGCCGAGCCUCCCGCUUACGGUUCAUAUGGGGCCCCGCCUCCAGUGUAUGGGGCACCAGCGUAUGGUGCACCUCAAGGCUUCUACUGA